CACCAGACCUCUCUCUCUUUGUGUGUCGGCCUGGCCUCUGCAUCUCCUCCCGCGCAGCCCCCGAGAUCACAAGUGCAGUGGUAACUAAUGGCAGGGGCGGCGGCGAGGAGACGGCAAUGAUGUGCGGCAGGCACCCGUACGAGGGCGUGGUUGGCGUCUGCGCGCCGUGCCUCCGCGACCGCCUGCUCGCGCUCGCCGCCGCGCAGAACGAGGCCGCCUCGCUGCCUCCGCCUCCGCCCCUGCAGCCGGAGCCGGAGCCGGAGCUGCUGUUCCCGAGGUCGGUGUCGCCGUACGUCUGCCGCCGGAACUCCGACGCCUCAGGGGCGCGGGGGCGCCCGCCGGGCCUCCUCUUCUUCCGGACGCCGCAGGUGGGGCCCGCGUACGGCGGCGGCGCUGGCUUCGAGGAAGGCGACAUCGGGUUCCAGAGGCGGCGCAGCGGCAGAUUGUCCGUGCUCGCCGCGCUCUUCGGCGGCCACCAGUCGCACAGAUCGGAUUCGGAGGAGAAGUGGAAGCACCGGUCUUGGCUCGCCGGGAUCAUGCCCCGCGGCCGCCUGAAGAAGGAGCCGGAAACCGCUCCGCCGCGGCGCUCCUGCCGCGCGAUCAGCAACCGGGGGCUCUCGCCGGUGAGGUACGCUGACGGAGACAGUGAGGAGAGCACCUCCCCGGCGGAGUCACCGUGGCUACCUUCUCCGUCGCCGAUGCGAAAAACCCCCGGCCGUCGCCGUCCGGGAGGUGCCGUGUCCGGCGUGUCGGGGUUCGCGGUGUGCAUCAGCCCGCUCGCGCGGCCCAGCCCGGGGCGGCACCACCGCGGAGGCCACCCGCCGGACGCUCCCGCGGCCAUCCCCUGCGAGCUUCGCCCGCCACCGCUCCGCCAGCUCACCUCCGGCACCUCGCUCCCCCACUGCCGCUCCUGGAAGCUCGCCGACGGCGGCCGCUUCCGGUGAUCUCAGUUCCUUCCCCUUCAUUUAUGUUUCCUUUUCACCAUUAUCCCAGGGCAUACAAGCAAUUUUAUAUGAAAAAAGAAUUUACCCCUCGCAAGCUGUUCCACUGACACGUGGGCACCGACAUUUCCAAAGGUGCUGCUUGUCAGUUGAACAUGUUGCAUGCUGAAAAAAAUGAGCCUCCCGUGCUCAAUGUUCAUGUAUAAUUUUGCUUAUUUUUUUGCUCGAAUUUAUAUUGCUUUUUAAGAUUCUCUGAUCAAAUAGAUUAGUACUAUUAAUGUUGUGUCUGGUAGGAAUUAAAUGGUGGAAUUAUGAAUGGGAGAUCUGAACUCUGAACUCUGGUCUAGUUUGAGGAGAGAGUAGCGAUGUAGUGGUGUGUCUACUGGAGCAGGACUGCUGGUAUCACAAUUUUCAUUUCAUAUCAUAUCAUGAACCCUUCAUGAUCUAAUAAGCCAAUCAUGCAUAAUUCAGUUGGUUCAGUGGAGGCCUGGGACAAGUUUGGGUUAG